AUGCAGAUUGAUUUUGGGACGAUCUCUGUGGAGGGUUGCGAUAAAGUCAAUAUUAAUUUCACGCCCUUCGGCAAGGCUAAGAUCAAAAGAGACAGAGCAGGGGCACACGGGCCACGGACACAGCCCGGGGCGGGGACAGGAUUGGGAAAGGAUCGGUGGAACAUCAUUGAUCCCACGGGAACUUCGUCUUUUUUCUCCCCUCAACAACCUUCUUCAGAGUCUCCUUUUCAGGACCCUCUGAACUUCAGCAGCCUCCCCGCUAGCUCAAGUUCUCCCAACCCCAACUCUUGCCCGAUCGACUUUACGUCGUUCACCACGGAUACCUUCCAGCAAUCAUGGCUUCCCACGCCCCCGCCCCAUCUGCCACAGGCCUCCAGUUCGAACAACAACAGCAACAACAACAACAACAGUGCGUUAGAGGACUUCGUACUCUAUCCCGCUCCGCAAGCUCCAGCUCCUCGUCCGCAGCCUCAACUCAGAGACUCGCGUGCGACCGUACCCUCGAGUACUGCCCCUAAGCCAUCUGCCCUCCAGCCCUUUCUGGCGCAGAACAAUCCUCGAAGACAUUCCUUCAGCCUACAGUUGCAUCGUCAUCUCCAGCAACAACAGUUCUCUGGUUCUCCCCCUCAGGACCCCAGAGUGACCAAGCUUGCCCGGUCUCCUUCCUACUGGUCUCACCCCAACUUGAAGCGCUCCCCGCACUACCACGCGGCUUCCGUGCCUUCAUACUCGCCUCACAGUCACCCUUCCGCUCCCACCUUCCACGCCGGAACCCCUGAUCUUUCUAUAUUUGAAAAAAAGAAACAACACUACUUGGCAUCCCGCCGCAAUAUGUCCGCUCCGAACUUCACAGGUAAUUUCUCCUCUGACUCUGAAUCUAAUUCCUCCGAAUUUAUCGCUCAUACCCCGCCUUCAGACCCCGACGCCGAUCUCUUCGGCUUCCCCUCUACCGGCCUUCACACCGGCAUGGGUUCUCCCCUCGACCUUGGCCAGCUCCCACUGGGCCACGAGGCCGAUGUUUUCUCUCCCGUCGCACCCACGGGCACUAUCUCGCCCAAGGAUCUGAUGUUUGACGCUUCCGUGCCCUCUUCGGGCACGUUCACUGAUCUGAGCACUCCUCCCUACGACUCGCCUGCUACUUUCAGCCAGAACCCUUCCCCGCUAUUCACUGAUGUGGAUUACAUGGGUCAGGAGGAUUGGGCCCCACUCUUCCAUGAUGCUUCCGCUGGAGGCAACGUGUUUGAUGCCCAGUUCGAUGUUGCUGCUGCUCUCGCUGAGACACAGCCGAAGCCCGAGCCGAUGUCGCCUGCUCCCAAGCGCGUGACAUCUGCCAAAGCCUCUCCUAUUCCUGCCACUGGCCACACCAAGCACUCGAGUGUUUCUGGCAUCAGCCGCUCGCGCAAGGAGCUGUCGCCCGUCGAUUUCGACCCGACCGACCCCAUCGCCGCGAAGCGUGCUCGUAACACCGAAGCCGCCCGCAAGUCUCGUGCCAAGAAGAUGGAGCGUCAAGCCUCUGCCGAGCGCACCAUCAGUGAUCUGCGCAAGCAAAUCACCGACCGUGACGAGACCAUUGCCAAGCUUCAGGCUCAGCUCCGUAUCCAGGAGAAGUUCCAGUGA